AUGAUGCUUCACUCACUUCUAGCAGUAUUUAUCUCCCUAACCUCCUGGACACCGCCGGUAUCUGCCUCGCUCAGGAUAACAGCUAACCACCAUUCCUUCGGUGGUGUCAACUACCCACAACUCCAAUUCUUCGCCCCCCAACACCGCGAUGACAGCAUCCGUGAGAUUGUCAAAAGUGGCGCGCGAGUGAUCCGCCUAUUCAUCCGUCCAGAUGCCCAACACCCGGAUCCAGAAGGCGAGCUGGGCGGCUUCGACAAAUCUCUCUUGGAUCAAUUCGACGACACACUAGCCGCCAUCCACCAUCUGUCAAAGGGGCAGGUCAAAGUCAUCAUCGCACCCCAUGACGCGCAUGCGCUUCGCGGCUCAAACGACGUUCCCUGUGAUGCCUACUGUCAGAAACUCGACGGGGCCUUUUUGGAUUUCUACAGCAGCGAAGAGUACCGCAAUCUCUAUAAAACACGCCUCGAAGUCUUCUUCAAACACUACCCUUCCAGGAACUUUGAUGGGCGGUCCUGGGGCUCCCUCUCUGAAGUCAUCUUGGGUGUCGAUCUGCAGAACCAGCCAUUUUCUGGCAUCAGCCCGAUACCGUCCGGCGAAUCCUGGCUCUGUGAUAUGGCCUCGUAUCUGAAAUUUAGCAUCGGGCUUGAUAGUGCUGGUAUUGCGGUUAUUAGUGGUGGGGUUUCUGGACCACAAAGUGUGGAUGGGAACGAGAAUUUCCCAGACAGCGUCUUCGACUGCAAGGCUAUUGACGUCAUUGGCAUCCAUGGGUAUUUUGACAAGACGGCGGAGAGAACGGCGGGGACGCCGUGGGCGGAAAUGUUCUUACCAGGGAACACGCUGACAGGGAGGGUAAUGGGCAAAGGGAAGAAAGGAAAAGAGGGCAAAUUGUUGUUGGUGGAGGAGUGGACAUAUGUGCACAACCCGGAAUUUGGCUUGUUUUACAAGAAAGAAGCGGUUUUUGAUCAAGGGAAUGCGCUGAACUAUCGGGGAAUCCCUUGGAUAUAUUCCCACCUAACCACCCUUUCCGAGGGAAAGACCUCGCGCAUCAAUCCCAUCCAUCCCACCUACACCACCUGGACCGCCCUCACGGACGUUCUCAAACGCUCGGUAACAACCCGUAGUAACUUCAACUGGACCAAGUACCUACCCCCACCCGUCUCCAUCAUCCCGCCUUCUGCCGACGAAAAAACAGCGCAGCACCUCCAAGCCAUGCUCACGGGCUCCAACACGCAAGAAUGGAAGCUAAAGCCCCUGGGUCUUUCCAACGUCUCGAGCGUAGUCUUGAACCCUUACAUCAUCGAGCAGAGCGAUUGCACAUUCGGCUGUCUGGGCCACUUGUGCGACGCUGCGGAUUCAUGCUCACCGGACCUCUUGUGCAAGAAUAGUGUGUGUCAGCCGUAUCCCGAGACACAGCCUGGUAAAGUGGGAGAGCGGUGCAACAGCAAAGCAGUUUGCCAAUCGCAUCUGAGGUGUGAUGAGAAGCAAGGCACAUGUCAAGCGUGUUCAGCGCGUAGCACGAUACAACCAGCGAUCGAGAAACGAAAAAGAACGAUUGAGGGCGACGAGAUUGAGAUACAGCGGGGAUUAGUGCAUCCAAAUGAUCCAAAUGGGUCGUGCUACACAGACUCUCUAGAGCAUCUUUUUCACAUUACUCGCCUCCUCGAGUCUACAACCACCGCCACCGCCACCACUUCAUCCUCCCCAUCGUCCUCUUUGAACACAUGCCUUUCACCGUCCCACCACCCCUCCCCGUGUACGUCGCCACUGCACUGUUCGGCCGACGAAUACUGCUCCUGGGGCUCCUGCGUCCCCUGUCUAUCCACAGACACGUGUCUCGGCGCCCCGUGUCGGAGCAACAAUGUAUGUAAAACAGGGUAUUGCAACGACUACGGCCGGUGUGACUAUGUUCCCGACGCGUCGAAGAAGAAGAGUAGUGGACCGGGGGGUGCGAGGGGAAAACGGAAUUCGAGGAUCGCUGGCGUGCCAAAGGGACAUGAGCGCGGACCGGCGAGAGUAAGGGAUGAGGCAAUGAGGAUCAAUAUACCAAAAGAGAAGAUUGCUGAGACUGGGGGCCCUGCUGCUACAGCUACGGCAUAA